AUGGAUACUGAGGUCGACGUCGCACCGGAGUCGCUCUUUCGCGCUACAAAGCGACGCAAGUUUAUCCCACGGCGUACAAAUGAUACAACAGAUUCCAGCGCCGCUGGAGAAGCCGCCACUCCGAGCAGAAAUGACAAUCAAACCCCCGAAGCGCCGUCCACUGGGGAGGAAGACCAGACCACACAAUCUACGAAUGUCGUUCGUCUACAGCGGCCGCGACAAUCCCGCAAAGGAGGCAUAGGGUUCUCCGCCAUUUCGCGAUCCAAGGAUGGUAACCGAGAGACAGCGUUGGUAUCUGCGGAGGAUUUGGAGGCCGACAAGCUCCAGGCCAUGAGUGAUCGGUUCACGACAUAUACAGGCCAGACAGAAGACGUGGACAAGCACAUGAUGGCCUAUAUAGAUUCCGAGAUGGCUAAGCGAUCACAACGCAGCCCACUCCCAUCAAACAAUCCCGAAGCCUCCCAGUUAUCGGAAACACACAAUGCUAGCGAACCUUCAAUACCCGAACGCAAGGGCGCACGGGCGACACUGGGCAAAUUGCAUGAAAUCGACCUGGGUGAGGAAGCGACGAUGCGAAAUAUUGAGCGGACGGAGGCUGCUCGAAAGCGACUACAGGGUGGCGAAGACACCAAGAAUACCGGCGAUACGGGCCGUUCUGGCACCGAUAAAUCCUGGCGCAAUCGCAAGCGACGUACCAGCGCUGAUAUCGAACGCGAUCGCCUUGUGGAGGAAGUGAUGCGUGAAAGCAGACUGGAAAUUUAUGACGAACCGGAGGACGAAGGGCCAAUGGAUGAUCAAGCGGCGGAUGAGCGAAUUGCCGAAAAGUUCCGUCAAGACUUCAUGGAUGCCAUUCAAUCCCGACGCCGUGUUCGGACAAGUCGCACGACGACGGAGAAGACCGAGGCACCCAAGGGGCCCAAGUUGGGAGGAAGUCGUAGCGCAAGAGCUGCGAUGCGAGAGAUGCAGAACAAGGCCGGACAGAAAUAA